CGGUCGCUUAUGACUGCAGGUCAUACGGCGAGGACAAGAGGCGCCCGGCCGGACGCACAUCGGCAUGUUUGUGUCGUCGCGUCCACUCAUCGGUUCGAAGGCCGCGCCGGUCGUCUGCACGUGUGGCGUGUAUGAAGAGGAGUACCACUCCCAUGGCGAGAAGGCACCAAAGAUACUCAGAUGCGGUCAGCGAAUGUCUGUGUGUGGGGGGCCUUCGUGUGGGGCAACCUUGACGGGCUUGAUGAUGGUUUGUUUCUUUGUUGGUUCUCAGGUCACUCGUCCUGUUCGAAGGUGAGGGAAAACACCGCCGCUCAGCCCCUCCCUCUCUGUUCCUCAGUGUGUAUAUAUUCGUCUCACUCUGUGUCUCCUGUAUCCAUCUGAUUUCAGUGUAUUGGCAAACUGACACGGCCCAAUGCGCAGGGCGAAAGGGCGGUCAUCUGCCCCACAUGCAGGUAAGCAGACACUGCACAGCAGCCGAUCACAUGUACGGCGGCAUUUAAUUGUUUGUCUGUCUAUCAGAGUCGAAACGAUAAAGGUGGACGUUCGCAGCAACUAUAUGGGUCGAGAUGCGGUCGCCCAGCAGUGGGAGGCCAGGGACGAUCUCGUCAUGAGAAUCAACACGUAUGUAAGACAGAAGCGGAGGGAGACGGUAUACUGCGUAGCAAAAGCGUGGUAAUAAGAGGGUUAUGAGUGUUCAUUACUCUCUUCUUCUGUAUUGUUUAAUCGGCUGCAGUGUGGAGCGCAAUGUCGGCGACCUGGCGGUCACGGCAUCCUGAUCGCAAUGCCUUCUCACUCCCCUGGUAUGCAAAGAGAGAUCAUCCACACAGCAAGCUGAAAAGUACUCUAUCAUGUGCUCGUGCGUACCGUCUUUGCAGCCGCGUGUACCGAAGACUCCGCCUGUGGGCAGCUCCCUUCGUUUGUGGGAGUAUGAAGGUUUCUGUCUUCUGCUCGGUGACCGCCAGAAGAAACUGGAAUCGCUCUAUCGGUAGGCAAACAGAUCAUGUAUCCCUCACUCAUGUCUCUUUAGUUGUGUCUCUCUCUGGGUUUUCUAUGUCAUUCCAUGCAGUGCAUCAGUGCAUGGUUCAGCGUAUAGAGAUCUGCUCAGGUUGGUCGGCAACAAGAUCAAUCUCAUCGUGCUGAUCCGCAAGGACCGAUAUGUCUUCGGCGCUUACACGAGUAAAGGACUGCAGCCGCCGGCCGAUGCGACCGGCUCCAAUUUGUAUCGCUGCAAUGUGUGGCCCUACUCGAUGAUCGGGCACUUCGGCAAAGUCACCAAGAUUUUCAUUCCACGAAAGCACCAAUUGGUGUAUGUGGACGGCCAGUCGGGGGCCGCGGGCGGCGUCGCGCACAUCAAGAUCGGCGACUACGUGGCCGAUCACUUCCUGUGGCUGGGCUAUGACGGGCAGGGCAAUGGAGCUGCUGCCGAUAUCCGCAGCUGCGGGCAGCGCAGCGCCCGUCAGUAUGUGCCUGAUGGCUUUCGAGGGAAGAGGGACGAUAAGGGGAGGGCGCUGUUUGGGGGCAGUGAGUUGUUUGUGGCCGAUGAGCUGGAAAUUCUGCAUGCUUUUUAGUGGUGAAGUGGUGAAAUGGCUGCUCGCAUUUCUCAUUGACUGUUGUGCUGCUUGACAUGUCUCUUCUUUUUCUUGCCGACAUUGCAUUUCUGCGAU